UAGUUAAUCAUUUAUUAACACCACCAGAACUUAUGUGAUCCUGGAUCCAAAUGAGAAUCACCUUAUAUCGAGUGAAAGAAUAAUAUUCAUUCACCAACUAUUGGCAGCCCAAAUGAAAUACUCUCCCACUCAAGAAUUGUGGUAUACCUCCCGUGGUAUACCAUCUGUCCAAUCAAUCUAACCCAAACAUAAAAUACAACGCAUCUGUAAAAAGUUUGAAGCCCCUAAUUUAUCUACGUAGGGAGCUCAUUUGCUAACAUGUCACCGUUAAAAAUAACAACAAUCGAUUAACAAUACGAAGUACACAAAUCAAUUAUUUGACAAUGACAACGGAGGAUGGAAUAAUAAAAGGCGGCCGGUCGACGUCGUGGGCAUGCAAAAUCCAUCCCGUGUUCAACCUGUUCACGUCCAUCGUGUGCGUGACGCUAACGUGCUCGGCCAUGUUCAUGUUCUUCGAAGUGUCGCCCGGCUCGGAGCUGUCCUCGGUCGUGUUGCUGGUCGCGCUGUCGUGGGCGUGCGGCAAGGUGGCCGACAUGCUCUACCUGCCACCGUUGCUGGGCAUGCUGUUGGCCGGCCUGGUACUCCGGAACACGGGCCACUAUACCGUGGACGUGCACAGCAACCGCUUCCAGCCGUACAUCAUCAACCUCAGGGAAGUGGCGUUGGCCGUGCUGCUGAUCGCUUCCGGCCUCAGCCUGGACGCAUCCAUGUUGCGGAAACUUCGUUUCGUCGUGUUCCAGCUAGCCAUAUUGCCUUGCAUCACGGAAACAGUGGCCGCGGCCGUUGUCACACAUUACCUGUUUGGAUUGCCGUGGAUCUGGGGAAUCUUACUCGGGUGCAUUUUGAGUCCGGUCAGUUCAGCAGUCAUCCUCCCGGCACUGUUGGAUUUCAAACAAAGGGGUCUGGGCGAGGACAAAGGGAUCAUAACGCUAGUGAUGGCCGCGUGCAGUUUCGAUGAUAUAUUUUGCAUUUCCGCUUUUGGAGUGUGUCUCAGUAUUAUAUUUUCUCAAGGCAGUUGGGAGACGAACGCCAUGCAAGGGCCUAUGGAAAUAGCCAUUGGAAUCGGUAUUGGAUUGAUUUUGGGCGUAGCGGUCGGAUUCGUUCCACACAAAUGCGAACAAAACUUGACCGUGAAACGAAUGUAUUUGUUGACCGUCAGCGGAGUGCUACUCACAUUCGGAUCAAAAAUGAUCGAAUACCCAGGAGCCGGCCCUCUGGCAAUAAUGACGGCUGCAUUUGUCGCGGCAAUUUUUUGGAAGAAAACCAACUCUUUUAGCGAAAACGUCGAAAUAAUGUCCAACAACCUGUGGGAUUUCUUGGAACCUCUAUUGUUCGCGUCGAUCGGAUCAGAAAUCGAUUUAUUCAGUAUUGAACCAAAAUUACUCUUCUCGGGGUUCAUUCUGCUGACUAUAACGUCGUUGGUAAGAGUGCUCACAUGUUUCUUCGUGCUAAAGGAUACUAAUUAUAAUUUACGAGAGAAAAUAUUUGUUAACGUGGCGUGGUUGCCAAAAGCAACAGUACAAGCGGCUAUCGGACCGAUUGCAUUAGAUAUGGCACGAACCUACAACCCUCAAUUAGUAUCGUAUGCAUCAGAUGUAUUAGCAAUCAGCGUGUUGGCAAUAUUGAUCACUGCACCAGUCGGAGCAAUUGUCAUGACGUUAAUGGGAGAAUACUUUUUGAGGAAAUAAUAUUGAUUCAUUAUUUAUACCGAGCAGGCACUUGUUCAAAUUAUGAAAUUAGUAAUCGAUCAAUA